AUGAAGGUUCUCCUAAUUCUGGCAUCAGUCCUUGGCAUCUGUUUCGCCUUAGAAGAACCCUUAAGGGUGCAAGUUGUUCCUCUGCCUUCGUACGACAGUGGAGUCGUCUCCAGAUCCAAUUUUGGUUCCAACGGGUUCUCCUACGACACUUCUGUGGUUCGUGCUUAUGCACCAAAUUAUUUACCAUAUUAUCAGGCAUAUCCUUAUGCUCACAGACCUCCCGUAAUGAAUAGCAUCGACCCGGGUUUCUUACAAAAGCAUCCGGAAUGUAAAGAUUACAAAUACUACUCCUAUACUGGUUCUUUUGGAAUUGUCAGAGUGACAUGUGAACGUAAAUAUGAUGAAUACAUCAAGAACAAAAAGCAAUAAAUUUCUUCAACGAACUUAGAAAUUCCUCUAAAUUUCUACAUCAGGACUCGUUUUUCUCUAGGAUCCUUCAUGAAUUGUUACUGACGGUCUGAUGUUAAAC